UCUACAGACGCUGACUGUAACUGAUGAUGGGUCUGCAAGCCUUCAACUUUGAAGAACAACUAUGAGAAAAAGUGAUUACCAGAAAAGCACCUUUUAGUCACAGCAACUAGCAACUAGUACCUCAGGGCGCGCAGCCAUGGCAUCUCUCUCCAGAUCACCGCCGCUCCUCCACCACCACAUAAACUCCCUCAUCCUCCACCCCUGCCCCCUAACUCUAUCCUUCCCUUUCCUCAAAGCGAAGUCGCCCCACCCCCGCCUCUGCGCCCUGAAGACCGGAGCCGACGGGGGAAGCAGAAUUGGGAGGCCCGAGACGCCGGGGCCCGACCCGGAACUGCUCCGGAAGCCGGUGGUGUCGUCUGGGAAGGACAUGGAUGGGAAUUCGGAGGAAGAUGAGGGAGAAGACGGGAAGUGGGUCGAUUGGGAGGAUAAGAUUUUGGAGGACACGGUUCCGCUGGUAGGGUUUGUGAGGAUGAUUCUUCAUUCGGGGAAGUAUGAGAGUGGAGAUAGAUUGAGUCCUGAACAUCAGAAGACUGUUCUCCAAAGGCUGCUUCCGUUUCAUCCUGAUGCUAAGAAGAAGAUCGGUUCUGGGAUCGAUUAUAUCACGGUUGGUUAUCACCCGGAUUUUGAAAGCUCAAGAUGUUUGUUCAUUGUUCAAAAGGACGGAACACUAGUCGACUUUUCAUAUUGGAAAUGCAUAAAGGGGCUGAUAAGGAAGAAUUAUCCUUUAUACGCAGACAGCUUCAUUCUCAGACAUUUCCGAAAGCGCAGACGCGGUUUAUGAAGCUAGAUUUGUCGAAUCGUCUGACUUUGUAUAACUGUAUGUCAAAGAAAAUUUUUUGUUCGUUCCGCAUUGCUUGUUAUAUGUCAAUUUUAAAUUGUUACAUAGUAAGAUGUUGGAAAGUAGUAGUAAUAGAUAUGGUAGAUUCUUUCAAGGUACAUGAUGCGACUUCAGUAAAAAUGCGGGAGUAAAUGCUGUGGUGAAUAAAAUUGUAUUGGCUAGCUAUUA